UGUAGUUCAGUUGAACGUCGAGGAUUUUCCGAUCCCAAACCUAGUGCGUAGUGCGUUCCUUUUGACGGUCUGUUCAGACUAACUUUAUUUAUAAAUUGACCGCACCAGAAGACUGUCGACAAUUCUGUAACACAUUUUGUUAGUGUUUGGAGAAGUUUUAAACUUACGUUUUAGACAUGGAACCAACUCCAAAUCAAAGUUUGAAGAAAAGUCCUCAAGGAGAAAGGGAGCGUAGAGAAAAACCUAGGUUUUCUAUAUUGGAGUGUGCCAAGUGUCACGAUUGGUACUCGACCUUGAGCCAGAGGCCCGCGGUCGGUGACUGGCACUGCCCGUCCUGCCAGCGGAAGCUCAACGAGGUGGCCGCGACCGCUGCAGCCCAGCAGCCCAUGAAACAGACGUCCAAAAAAAACACAGACUUAGGUCGCGGAAUGGCGUGCGCCGAAAAUAUUGAACCCAAAGGAAAUAUUGGAAGCACCACGGAAGAGGCGGCUGCUGGAGCUGAGCACGAGUGACCAACCCACGACCAGCCAACCUGACCCGCCGCCCCAAACGCCAUCAGACCCACCCCGUCGCCAACAAAAUACGUUUAGAAUUUAUUGAAAUUGAUUGAAAUUAAAAAUUUAAAAACCGUGAA